AUGUUCGCACAGUUAUCUAAUCUAAAGACUCACAUCCGUACCCACACUGACGAAAGGCCUUACGUGUGUAAGAUCUGUGCCAGAACGUUUCGUUCACGUUCAACGCUAACGGAGCACACCAGUAUUCACUUUGAGGAGGAAUAUUACCAGUGCUCUCAUUGCCCUGCUAAGUUUGCUCUUUCAAAAAGCUUAAGGAAUCACAUUCGCACUCACACCGGCGAAAGGCCAUACCAGUGUAAAGUCUGUGACAAAACGUUCAGGACAUCAAGUAAUCUGGCAAAUCACUCGAAAAUUCACAAUAGGGACCAACACCAUCAGUGUCCUCAUUGUUCAUCGAUGUUCGCGCAAUUAUCUAGUCUAAAGAUUCAUAUCCGCACUCACACCGGCGAAAGGCCAUACAAGUGUAAAGUCUGUGACAAAGCCUUCCAUUCAGCAAGCCAUCUGGCAGCACAUUCGAAAAUACACAACAAGGACCAACACUAUCAGUGUCCGCAUUGUUCAUCAAUGUUCGCACAGUCAUCUAGCCUAAAGAUUCAUAUCCGCACUCACACCGGCGAAAGGCCAUACCAGUGUAGGGUAUGUGACAAAGGUUUCAGAUCCUCAAGUGGUCUGGGAGAUCAUUCGAAAAUUCACAAAAAGGCUAAACCUCAUUAAUUUCUUCAUUGUUUCUUAAAGUUUGAGUUUGAGUAACGUUUGAACUUUGUAUGUUUUUGUUUGAAAUCGGUGAGCAAUUAGCAUAAAUUUGAAAACGACCAGGAUCAGCCGCUGCAGAGCGAGAUUAGCCGUAGCUUGCUCUAGCACGAUGUAGAAUAGGAAACAGCCUUGGUGAUAGUGAAGUGUUUGGAGAGCUUACCCACUUUCAACUGGCUUGUGACGAUGGCCAUGGCCAAUUCUAACAAGUCUGGUAAAUUUGGUCGGUAUUCUGAAACUAGUCAUGGACUUAUACAGUUUUACUGUAGCUAUGCCACCAUUUGCGGUAUCGAAAUCAGU